UAGAAAAGAAAAAAGCUUUUGAUUUGACCACUGCCAGAUCAGUUAAAAACAAAAAAUCAAAUUUGUCAUGUCACACGGUCGCGUAUUUUUUCCUGAAAUUUCAACAUUAAAAAGUUUUAGAUUAACUUUUUAUGAAGUAAUCCAUAUUUUUAUGUAGUGGAUAAAUAAAUACAAAAAAUUACAUUUUCUAUCAGCCUGUCAGGGACAUUUAUAGUUUUCUGAAUUAUGAUGCAAAAUUAAAGACUUGCAUUCAGCAAUACCUAAUGAUAUAAUAAUAUCUCUUAGAAAUGGAGGAGGAAAUUCUGGACUUAUUCUCACGAGAUGAGAAUCUUGAACAACAAAAACAAACUAUAUCAUCGCAAAACAAACCAAAAAAAAUUAAAACAAGAGAUGAAAAAAUAUCAGGUGAUCAGCAAACUGAUAAAGAGCAAACUGAGAACUUAGUCUCAAUGAUGCGCAGUUACGAUGCUAAAUUGUACGGCGAGGAUGAUACUUCUCAGCCCACGUCACGAGCUGCACCUGUUAUUCCGGUCGACGCAAUGCGCAAAAAAAAGAAAAGGAAAAGAUCACAAAUAACAAUUUGUCUUGCAAAUUGCCGAUAUGAGUCAAUAAGAAAGGUCGCCAGUGCGUUCGGUAUGAGGGAGGUUUCCGAAGAAGACGCUUGGAAUUUCUAUUGGACUGAUAUGAGUGUGUCUGUCGAAAGGGCGAAGGAAAUGAAAAGGUUUCAGCGCAUAAAUCAUUAUCCGGGAAUGCUUGAGAUCUGCAGAAAAGAUCUCCUAGCUCGCAAUUUGAACAGGAUGCAGAAAAUUUAUCCGAAGGAUUAUAAUUUCUUUCCCAAAACUUGGUGUCUUCCUGCAGACUUCGGGGAAGCUCUGAAUUACAGCAAAACGCGUAAAAAUAAAACUUUUAUAAUAAAACCGGAAUGCGGGAGUCAAGGACGUGGCAUAUAUUUAACAAAAUCUUUGAAAGACAUCAAACCUUCCGACAAACUUAUUUGUCAGGUAUAUCUAUCAAAACCAUUUCUGGUCGAUGGUUACAAGUUUGACAUACGAGUAUACACUCUCAUUACGUCGUGUGACCCAUUAAGAAUAUUUGUCUACAACGAAGGACUAGUCAGAUUCGCAACGAGCAGAUACGCCGAUCCGAAUGCUAAUAAUACCACUAAUGUAUUCAUGCACCUAACAAACUACGCCCUGAACAAACACAGCAGAACCUACGUGUAUGACUCUGAAGCGGGCAGCAAACGCAAGAUCUCAACAUUGAACAAGAUCCUGUUAUCUCAAGGUGUUGAUCUCGAUAAGCUGUGGCAUUCGAUAGACGAGGUCAUCGUGAAGACGAUAAUUUCCGCGUGGCCUAUCUUGAAGCACAGUUACCACGCAUGUUUCCCCUCGCACGAUAUGGUGCACGCUUGUUUUGAAAUAUUAGGUUUUGAUAUUCUUCUAGAUCACAAACUUCAUCCGUAUAUCUUGGAAGUAAACCAUUCGCCUAGUUUCCAUACUGAUACGCAAUUAGACCGAGAAGUAAAGGAAAAUCUACUCACGGACACAUUCACUAUGCUCAAUAUAUGGCAGUGCGACAAGAAACGCGUUCUCGAAGAGGAUCGAAAACGUAUAAGGGAUCGAUUGUUGCAAACGAAUAAAUAUGCGGAAACCACAACGAUCGAUGAAAAAGAUCGGGAAAAAACUCCUUGGCAAACUCAGAUCCAGUGGGAAGAAUCGCACCUCGGCAAUUUUAGACGAGUUUAUCCAGUGGGAGAACAAUACGCCUCGCUGUUCCAACAGCCGUCUGGUUCUUUGUACACCGGCACGGCGUCGUCGCGAGCUCGCGGUGACUGUACGCGGAUACAGCGAGAGGAAUUCCAACAAUCGAAAGCUAAAGCGGAGGCCCUGAAAAAACCGUCUCAACCGAAGCCCAAGGAAUCGGAAAGUAAAGCUGGCGACGAAUCUAGUAUCACAGCAUCGGCUUCGGUUGCGACACCCAGUACUGAAAAAUCAAAAGUUAAAACAAAAGAAAAGGAUAAGAGGAAAGAGAUAGGGAAAGACAGUGAAGAAGACAAAAAUAAGGCAACGAGAAUACAGUCCAAACAGCCGAUACCAGAAGAGUCCAAGCCUCAAUAUGUCCUCUGUUCCUUUGAACCAGAUCCAAUAGUUGAAAAAGAUGAACGCGAACGAGUAAACUUACUGGCACAACGUGAUUUUCUUAUUAGAAGCUAUGGAAUGUUGGAACAAAUCUAUUUGAUGAUGAAGAAAAUUGGGACUUUAAGACCGGAAGACGAAAGGAAAUAUGGUGUCUAUGGGCGACUGUCUCUUAUUUCUGCCUCACCAAAGACCGACACGAAGAACGCCAAGACGCAAAAGUUAAAGAGGGCUUGCAAUAGAAAUAAAUCAAAUAAAGAUUUGGAGUUCCACCACCCAAACGGGAAUCGUUGUAUACCUAACACUGAAUACUUUGAUACGAUCACCAGAACCCAGCUGUGCGCGCAACUAACGUUAUUAAUUAGGAAAUGACUGUUUAAAUUGAGAAAUAUUGAAUUUGCCUACUUUCCUAAAAUACGCAUUAAAUUUGAAAUUACUUUCUUUUUUAUUAAUUUCUCAUUCGUGGACUUGUGCAAAACCUUUUUAAUGUAGAUAUUUCUUGGCUGGAGUUUUGUCCCGCGAUAAAUAGUAAGCUUUCGUUCUUGUCAUCAAAAGUAGUAAAUCAAAUCUAUUUUUUAAAAAAACCUUCAAAAGGUAACACUUUUAACCCUUUUUUGGGGAGUCGUUCAACAAUUUUCAUUGUGGAUUUAAAUCUUUGUAGACAGAAUUUUAUGUGAUUUGAUGUUUACGGAACGAGUCAACUCUCAUCUCACCGACUUAAAAUUUAAAUUUAAAUUUCACCUCAUAAUAUUGCCGAGAAAAUAACCAGUAGACCUGUUUUUCUGAAAAAAUAAUAAUUGGAUUAAUAAAAUAAAUAAAACAAAAAAAUAUCAAUGAUAUAUAUUUUAUAACUUAAAAGUCGAUGCUCCAACAUUUAACUCUUAGUUGUGUUACAUUAAAACAACUGUUCUAAUUUUUUUUAAUGAUAACGAAUACUUUUAAAAUGUCAAAAAAAUGUUUCAUUUGACUUUUUAAAUAAUUAUUUUUAAUAAAGCUUCAAGCUUUACCCAUGUUUCCUUCAAUGUCAUAUUCACAAAAUUGUUUUAUAUAAAAAUGUAUUUUUUAUUAACUUCGAAAUUAAUGUAUUAUAUUAAAGUAUUAUUUAACUUGUCAAAUUUAUUCGACAA